UCACCAGGCGGUCCGGGCCAGUUUUGCCCCGAAUUAGGAUUUAGGGUUCCCCACGACCGCAGCCCGUGACAAAUGCCGCAAAAAUGCAGGUUAGGGCGAAAGCCGAACAAGCGUGCUGCGCUACGUACGGGUGGGCUACAAAUUGGAGAAGAAUGGAAAGAGCGGAUUUUUAGAGGUCCCCGACGACGGAAGCCCCCUGCAAGAAAGAAGCUCAGAGUGAGAGGCGAAGGACUAAGAGCGCCGUGAUAUGGGCGGGCUCCAAAUCGGAGAGAAAGUGGAGAGGGUGGACGGACGGAAGCUGAGGUACGAGGAGUUCGUGGAGAGGUACCUCAAAGGGAACCGCCCCGUCGUGCUGACGGGCCUAAUGGACGCCUGGAGAGCCUGCUCCGAUUGGGUAUCCCCCGAUGGCCGCCCCAAUCUCUCCUUUUUCGCCCACCGUUUCGGUAAAUCCCGCGUUCAGGUUGCCGACUGUUGUACAAGAGAUUUUACAGAUCAAAAGAGACUUGAGAUGUCUGUUGCAGAUUUCAUAAGCCACUGGCUUGGACUUUCUGCAGAGAAGUGCGCUAUUGACUUAAGUGGCAGCGAGAAAAUGGGCUCCUUGCUAUAUCUUAAAGACUGGCAUUUUGUCAAGGAGUACCCUGAUUAUGUUGCCUACACAACUCCACCCUUCUUCAAUGAUGAUUGGCUCAAUCUGUAUCUGGACAGUCAUUAUAUGCAUCGAGAUUCUGAUAUCCAUCAUGAUAAAAAUGAAAUUAACUGUGCUGACUACCGCUUUGUUUACAUGGGAGCAAAAGGUACUUGGACUCCUCUUCAUGCUGAUGUUUUCAGAUCAUACAGCUGGUCUGCAAAUGUUUGUGGGAAAAAACAAUGGCUCUUUCUACCACCUUCACAACGUCACCUUGUCUUUGAUAGGCACUUGAAACACUCGGUGUAUAAUGUUUAUGAUGAUGUUUCUGAAACACAGUUUCCUGGUUUUAAGAAGACUAUUUGGUGGGAGUGUAUUCAAGAACAAAAUGAGAUUAUUUUUGUGCCUAGUGGAUGGUAUCAUCAAGUUCAUAAUUUGGAAGACACUAUAUCUAUAAACCAUAAUUGGUUCAAUGCUUAUAACCUUUCUUGGGUGUGGAAUUUGCUUGUUGAAGACUACAAUGUGGCCAAGGAGUAUAUUGAAGACAUCCGAGAUAUCUGUGAUGAUUUUGAAAGUAUCUGCCAGCGUAAUCUUGCAGCCAACACAGGCAUGAAUUUCUAUGAUUUUUUUAUCUUAAUUACACGAUUUGCGCUGGCCAACAUGAUCCAACUGUACCAUCUUAGAAAUGAGGAAGAUGCUGUCUCCAACUCAUCAAACAAAGCUCAUCAUUUUAUAAGCAACCUUGUGUCUAUAAGUGCAGUAGCGUCCGCUAUGAAAUCAUUUGAGGCCUUUGCUGGUGAAAAUUUAAAUAGCUGCUCUGUAAAAAAUCGUAGUGCCUUCUCUGAUGUCAAGCAAAAUUUGGAGGAGAAAGACUUCCAUGAGCUCUGCAUGGCAUUGGUAACGGCAUAUGAGACUAUAGAUGGCCGAUGGGAGCAAAAUUUUGAAAUAGGAAAGGCACCACUAUGUCCGAAGGACAGCUUGUUGCUGAAUUGCUCGGGAGCAGAUUGUGGGGUCCAAAAUUUUGUUACAGCUUCCAGUUCUCAGAUAUGUGGUCCUGAAGAUUUGAUUAGAUUGAUUGAACUUCUGGUAACUUUGACUUGAUGUCUGAAUUAUGUGAUGGUGUGAGCAAUGAAGUAAGCUAGAAGUUUAAACUUGCUUGCGGCAUGCUUCUUUACUGGGGGAGUUAGCUUGCAUCUCAUCCCUGGAGUCAAAGGUCAUUUUUACUAAGAUGAGUUCUUUUAACAUGAUGUUUUGAUUUGUACAACACCCAACUUCAAGACCAAGUUAGCGGGGUUUGUAAAGGUUUGGCAUCUUUAUCUCAGUGCCAAUGUUUCUGCAAGGGAUUCUGCAGCAGCAGCCUGGAGAAAGCUGGAAGUUGGUUAAAAUAGCACAAGGGCCUGGUACCCUACUGAACUUUUAUCAGAUGAGGAAUUUUUUGUGCACCGCGGGCGGUGCAGAACCGCGCGCACUGUCUACGGUGAUUGAUUCACGCAGGGAGUCAGAGUGCGAUGUGCGGAAAAAAAAAAAUUUUUUUUAGUUGGCCCCGCACGGGAAUCAAUCACCGCGGGCGGUGCGUGCGGUUCUGCACCAGCCAUGGUGCACAAAGAAUUUCGCUUACCAGAUAAUGAACUCAUUAAACGUGCAUGCAUUAUUCUGUCAACAGGCCCAUUGAUGUCCUGGCUGUGUAACAUACAAUUUUCCUGCUUACCUUAAGAGGCUUAGUCUGCUCUCUUUUGCCAAUCUUGGUCUCGUUUUUAAAAUCUUCCCUGUACAGAUCUGUUUACAUUGGACGCGCUUACAUUGCAGAUUUCAGUUAUCUGCUUUCUGAAACAUGUUUCUCAGAGCUUUCAGCUUGAUUAUAACAUAUUUAUCUGGGUUUGGUGUA